AUGUCCAGACCAGAAGAGAUUGCUCCUCCGGAAAUCUUCUAUAAUGAUCAGGAGGCAAGAAAAUAUACAGCAUCUACUAGAGUUCAGCAUAUUCAAGCGAAGAUGACGCUUAGAGCGCUGGAAAUUCUUAAUCUUGACCCAAGCAUUCCUCAGUUCAUAUUAGACAUCGGAUGUGGUUCUGGAUUAUCGGGUGAGAUAUUAACAGAAGAGGGCCAUAUAUGGAUAGGAAUGGAUAUUUCUUUGGAUAUGUUAGCUACCGCAUUGGAUAGAGAUGUCGAUGGUGAUUUGUUUCUUGCGGAUAUGGGUUCUGGUGUUCCAUUCAGGGCAGGUACAUUUGAUGCUGCGAUUUCAAUCUCGGCUAUUCAAUGGCUCUGUAACGCGGAUACCAAUACUAACGAACCGAAAGUGCGACUGGCCAGAUUUUUCAAUACGCUCUAUGGGUCGCUGAGAAGGGGGGCUAAAUUUGUUGGACAGUUCUAUCCGGCCAAUGAGGAACAGAUCGUUCAGAUUACAGGCGCGGCCAAAGUAGCCGGAUUUCAAUGUGGUGUGGUUAUUGAUGAUCCCGAAUCAAAGAAAAAUAAAAAGCAUUACCUUGUUCUUCAAGCUGGUGCCUCUGAUAGACCCUUGAAUUUGGGGAACAUGGAUGUGGAGACUGCUGUUCCUAAAAAAGAACACAAGAUGUCGAAGAAGAGGCUGAAGAAGAUGGAAACUAAGAAGCAGUACAUCAAGCGUAAGAAGGUAUUAAUGAAGAGAAGGGGCAAGCGUGUGGCCAAUGAUUCUAAGUUCACCGGUCGGUCCAGAAGACCACAUUUCUAG